AUGGCCAGGGCUCUAAGGUUUCAGGCUGGUGUUCCUCUGAGGUUUUGGGGUGAAUGUGUAUCCACUGCAGUCUAUCUUCUCAAUAGGUUACCUACUCCUCCGUUGAAGGAUAUUUCUCUAUUUGGAAAACUGUUUCUAGAUCUUCAUCUCUUCACCAUCUCAGGACUAUGUGGUGCUGUCAAGAAGCAAUCUAUCCAACCUGAUGAGAAUAAAAAUAAGUACGUGGAUCUCACUAUUAAUAACAAGCUCGCUCGUGCUUUAAUGGUCACUGGAGCAACUCACUAUUUUGUGACAGAGGCCGCAGCGAGGAGACUAGAGUUGAACCCCACUCCUAUUAACGCCUACGUCAAGACUAUGAAUGCUAAGCCAAAAAAUGCUCGUGGUGUAGCCAUUGGUGUUGGUGUCAAAUUGGGCAACUGGAAAGGUACCACAAAUUUUACCGCCACUACUAUGGAUAUUUUUGACAUUAUUCUAGGGCAAGAGUUCUUUAGACAUUGCCAUGUGAUGAUUGACCCCUAUCUCCAACGUCUCUUGGUCUUGGAGCGAGAAGGAGCUUGCAUAGCGCCUACAGUGACUAUGCCGCAUGCACAGGUCAAAGCAAAACUUUCAGCUAUGCAGCUUAUCAAAGGGCUCAAGAAAGGGGAGUCGAUAUUCAUGGCAACCAUUGCAAGUUUGAAGGAAUACAAGGUUCCCCAUGAGACACUGCCUCCUUGCAUAGAGAAGUUUCUCCAGGAGAACAAAUAUGUUAUGCCCGACGAUCUUCCUAAGUGCUUGCCUCCUAGACGUGAGGUGGAUCAUAAGAUUGAGUUAGAGACAGGGGCUAAGUCACCCGCAUUCUCCCCUUAUCACAUGGCACCACCUGAGUUGGAGGAGCACAGGAGACAACCGAGAGAGCUAUUGGAUACUAGUCAUAUCCAUCCAUCAAAGGCAUCCUUUAGCGCACCAGUGUUGUUCCAACAAAAGAAGGAUGGAUCAUUGCGCUUAUGUAUAGACUAUCGAGCACUUUAUAAGGUCACAAUGAAGAACAAGUACUCGAUACCGCUCAUUGCCGACUUAUUUGAUAGACUUGGACCAGCCAAGUACUUUACCAAGGUGGAUCUUCGCAAGGGUUACUACCAGGUUCGGAUUGCAGAAGGGGAAGAACCGAAGAUAGCAUGUCUGACGAGUCUACAACAAUACCUUGGAAGAGCACAUGGAACACUUACGGAAGGUUUUCCAAGUCUUGCGGGAGACGAGUUAUACAUCAAGAGGGAGAAGUGCGAGUUUGCACAAUCAAAGGUACACUUCUUAGGUCAUGUCAUUAGCAAUGACGAGUUACAUAUGGAUGAGGCUAAGGGUUUUUCUGCUAUUUCUGAACCUAGAUCUUACACUGAAGCAAGUAAGGAUCCUCUUUGGAUAGCUGCUAUGUCGACAGAAAUCUCAGCUUUAAUAUCAGCUUUGGAAGAAAAAAAGAGUUGGUCUAUUGUGGAUUUGCCACCUGGGAAAGUUCCCAUUAGCUGCAAGUGGAUACUCAAAUUAAAUAUCAUGCAUCUGGAGAGGUAUAAGGCCAGGUUAGUUGCUAAGGGUUACUCUCAACAAGAAGGGCUUGAUUUCAAAGAAACUUUUUCUCCUGUUGCUAAAAUGGUGGCUGUUAGGGCUGUAGUUGUUUUGGCUGCUUGUUCAUCUUGGUACAUAUUUCAAAUGGAUGUUCACAAUGCUUUUUUGCAAGGUGAUUUACUUUAG